AUGAUCCAUCGGCCGUUCCUCUUCCUCUCAUUCCAAUCUGACUCCUACGUCCACACACGUCGUACCUGCGUCGCAGCAGCAGUCACCAUCCUACGCGAACACAAAAGCAUCGUGGAGUCAGGCGAAGUCUCGCUCUGGACUCACGUCGCCUUCAGCAUCACCGCUGCCAUCAUCCUUUCGUUCGAGGUCAUUUGCGAUCAGAGCAAGGAAAGAGACAGCCGACAAGAAGGUUACCUCGACGCGAUUCGCGACGCGCGAGAGCACCUCCUGGGCCGGACAACUAGUGACAUCCUAGCACACCGUGGCGUGGUGCUUAUUGAUGCCAUCUUCUCCGAGGUGGGAGGCAUAGAGUCGUUUUCUGAUCGGACGCUUGCUGCCAGGCCUGAUGCUAUCAACUUUGAGGAGAUUGCGGCUAGGUUCAAGACUGAUUGGUUUAUACUUGAUUGUUCUACGGCUGGUCUCGGGCAAUUUGACGUUCCGGAAGACCAUUUCACCAUGUCUGGCAAUCCCUCUGAAGAUUUCGAUGAUUGGUUCCAGCAGAUAUUUCACUCGACCAUAGUUGAAUAA